AUGUCAUCCGCUGCCUGUAUCUUCUGCAAGAUCAUCAAGGGAGAUAUCCCUUCGUUGAAGCUCUUCGAGAACGAGAAGGUUUUCGCUUUCCUCGAUAUCCAGCCCCUCAGCCGUGGCCAUGCGCUUGUCAUUCCUAAGUUCCACGGCGCGAAGCUGACCGAUAUUCCCGAUGAGGACCUGCUCGAGAUCUUGCCCGUCGCGAAGAAAAUUGCCAAGGCCACCGGCGCCGUGGAUUUCAAUAUCCUGCAGAACAAUGGAAGCAUUGCGCACCAGGUCGUUGAACAUGUCCACUUCCACAUGAUCCCCAAGCCCAACGAGAAGGAGGGCCUGAUCGUUGGCUGGCCUGCCCAGGAGACGGAUAUGGCUAAGCUCAAGGCUCUUCACGAGGAGAUCAAGUCGAAUUUGUAA